ACCUUUAAACAAUCUAAACAAUACCAGGUUGGGGAUCUCAUCCCUUGUGGAGAUUGUAAUAUGUGCCUGUGUGGCAGAGGGCACAUUUUCAAAGAAAGGAAGAAGUGCUUAGACAUUCAGCAGUGUAACUUUAGUACUCACCAUCUGGUUCCAGCAGAAGAUAACUGCUGUCAAGUAGAUUGUGUUCCAAAAGAUGAGUGCAGGUUACAGAAGACAACACCAGACUUUCUAACCAUCAACAACUGCAUAUCUGUAAAGAAAUGGCCUAAAGAAUACUGUGCAGGAACCUGUUCUGUGAAGCCUCAGUUCAUGAACUAUGAAGAAAAGCAUUUGGACAAGCAGGAAUGUUUAUGCUGCUCUGGGCAUGUCAAGAGACUCAGAGCAGUGGAGUUCAAGUGUGAUAACUCUCUAGUUGUCACUCACAAGUUGCCCUUUAUAGAGUCUUGCUCUUGCAAGUCUUGUACUGAUGAAAAUACACCCUCCAGUCGGUAAAAGGCAGUCUGAUUUACCAAAGUAACAAUGUAUUUAUCAAGAUGAAUAAAUACAAUUUUCCUGGCUUCUUUCAAGAAGAUGAAAAAUACUUUGUCGACUGAAAUAAUUCUACACACAGAAAAUCAAACACUCACUAUUAUACUGAUUGAUGCAUGUUUAUUCUUAUUUCGGGGGGGAAAAAUCUUUAUAACCCACAAAAUUAUAUAAUUCAUUUGGCUAAAUUUCGUGCUAUUAUAAUGCUUUAAAUAUUAUAAAACAUGAAUAUUUCUAUAAGAUUAUGCACAACAGCUCAAUUAUUUCCUGUCUACAAGCUGGUAAAGGAAUGUACUUGAAGUUUAUGAUUCAUUUAAAGCUCAAAAC